CACCAAUUCAUUGUGGAUUUAGGUAAGAAAACAUGCACAUGUUAUUUUUGGGAACUUGUGGGCAUUCCAUGUAGGCAUGCCAUAGCUGCCAUGAGUUAUCAAAAGUUGGAUCCAGAAUCAUUUGUGGAUGAUUGCUAUAGUAGGGAAACAUACACUAAAUGUUACUCAUAUAGUGUGAGUCCCACUAAUGGCAUGGAUAUGUGGCCUACUGUUGAUAAUGAGGAUAUGCUUCCACCUUCAUACAAGAAAGGUCCAGGUAGACCCAGAAAACUUAGGAUUAGAGAGCAUGAUGAAAAUGGAUCUAGAAUGAGAAGGCCAGGUGUUAAUUAUAGGUGCACCAGAUGUGACAGCAUUGGACAUAACUCCAGGAAAUGUAAAGCUGAAGUUCAGAAUCCUGCAGCUUUAAAGAGAAAGAGAAAGGCACCAAGGAAAGCUGCUUCAUCAAGCAAUGUGGGUGACACAGAGACAGUAGAGGAUUACUUUGAGGGGGAAAUUGAUGCAACAAUUGAAGCAAUGGUGGCAUCAGUUGAAGCUGACUUAGCAACUCAAGCAUCACAGAUAGUGAAUCCAAGUCCUAUCAACAAGUCUCCAUCCAAGAACAAGACAAAGAACAAGAAAGUUGGCUCUAAGAAGAAAUGA